AUGUCGGAGAAGCGGGUGGCCGUCGCCGGCGGCGCAUCCCGUUGGUGCGGAGUUUUCGCGGACGAUUUGGCCAGCGACAUCGCGUGCGCGCUCGCCCUGCCAAGUUCCGUCGUCACGAUCCAGGGGAUGGAGGCGUGCGUGGCUUCGGGCGAGAUCCGCUCGUUCGUCGCGGUGAUCCAUACGCAGAAGACCCCCAUCCCUGGCACGCUCGGCCCCGACGCUGCCGCCCUGAAGCUGGCCGAGGAGUGGGGCAUGCAAGGUGGGGGGGCGACCGGCCUCGGCGCGCUCUGGAAAGGCUACGUCUCCAAGCUGCUCGCUCCGACCGUCCCGCCCGAGACGUGCCCGAAGUGCCCCACCGGCGGCUCCCGCCGCCGCCGCAUCCUCUUCUCGUCGACGCCCUCGCGCCCGGACUUCUGCCCUCCGUGCUAG